AUGAGCAUCACCGGCAGUCUGAAGUGGCUGGUGCGCAACUCCUGUGAGAUGGAGACGUCGAUCGUCUCGGUGGAGCGCAUCGGCGAGUACAGCGAGCUGCCCAUGGAGGCGGCGUGGACGAGGGCGGAGAACGCCCAGCCGCGGCUGCCCGCCAAUUGGCCCACUGAAGGACAGAUAACCUUAGAACGCCUCUCGAUCCGCUACCGAGCCGGCCUGGAGCCGGUUCUCCAGGGCAUCAGCCUGGACAUUAAGGCCGGCGAGAAGGUGGGCGUCAUUGGGCGAACAGGGGCGGGCAAGUCGACCAUCACGCUGGCGCUCUUUCGAAUUUUGGAGGCGUCCAGCGCUGAGGAGGACGGCUUUGACGGCGGCCGCAUCACCAUCGACGGCGUGGACAUCAGUCGGAUUGGCCUGCACGAGCUGCGCUCUCGCCUGGCCAUCAUUCCCCAGGACCCGGUGCUCUUCUCCGGCAGCAUUCGCUCCAACCUCGAUCCGCUGGGAACGGCUGCUGCUGGAGGGGAUUCGGUUUCGGUUUCAGAGGACGAGGUCCUGUGGACGGCGCUGGAGCGCUGUCACCUGAAGGAGACGGUGGCGGCGAUGGCCGGCGGCCUGGACGCCGCCGUCGCCGAGGGUGGCUCCAAUCUGUCGCAGGGCGAGCGGCAGCUGCUCUGCCUGGGACGGGCGCUGCUUCGACGGGCGAAGAUUCUCGUCCUCGAUGAGGCCACCGCCGCCGUCGACCUGGCCACUGACGCGCUGGUGCAGGAGACCAUCCGCCGUGAGUUUGCCCACUGCACCGUCCUCACCAUUGCCCACCGCCUGCACACCGUCCUCACCUAUGACCGCAUUCUCGCGCUNCCAUCCGCC